AAAACAAAGUGUGUAACCAUUGAUCUAAAGAGGUGUGGCCUACUUAUACUCACUCAUACUAACAAGUAUUAAUCAAAACUAUUAAUAAUAAUAAUUAUUAUUAUCCUUCAACUGAAUUCAACAUUGCGUCAACAGUGUUAAAGAGAUGGGAAAAUCAACUAAAAAUAAAAAUAUCACGAAAUCCCUGGCACUAUCGGUCUUUAUGACAUGUUUCGGAUCAUCAUUCGUUAUUGGAUAUAAUCUGGGUGUUUUGAAUUUGCCAGCAGAUCAUGUUAAAGAUUUCUUAUCACGUACUAUUCUGGGUAAAAAUGUUAGUGAAGCUGAGAAAACAUCUACUCUGGUAACUCCAAGCUUUUUAUACGCUCAAGUAAGCACAGCAUUUGUGGUAGCUGGUGCUAUUGGAGCAUUCUGUUGUGGUCUUAUAGCUGAUAAACUUGGCAGGAGAAAUGGUUUACUGUUAAAUCAUUUAUUCGCAAUACUCGGUGGAGUGUUAUGCGGUCCAUGCGUGAGACUUGGACAACCUGCUCUCCUAUUUGUUGGACGAUUUUUAAACGGUUUCAAUUGUGGUGUCUCUAUUGGUAUAGCAUCAAUGCAUCUAACAGAAAUAGCCCCAAUUUCACUUCGUGGUGGUAUUGGUUCUUUGCAUCAACUGGCUCUGACUAUCGGGAUUUGUGUCGCUUAUCUGGCUACGCUAACAUUUGCUUUUAAUACUCCAGAUUUAUGGCCAAUUGCAGUAGCUGUUGGAUCUAUUCCCCCCUUUAUAUCACUUAUUGUUCUGCCUUUUUGUCCGGAGAGUCCUCGAUUUUUAUUUAUUAAAAAAGGCAAAGUGGCUGAAGCGCGUAAAGCUUUUACCCGACUGAAUUGUAAAGAUGAUAUUGAUGCUAUUUUUGAUGAAAUGACAGAAGAAAUGAGAGUGGCUAAAAGUCUCCCACCGUUUAAAUUCACCAAGUUAUUUACACAAAAAGAUUUACGAAUGCCUGUUCUAAUUGCUUGCCUUAUACAAGUAUUUCAACAACUCUCUGGAAUCAAUGCGGUGAUUUCAUAUUCAUCCACAAUGCUAAAAACCGCUGGAAUUCCAGACCAGUAUAUUCAAUUCUGUGUUGUAGCCGUUGGAGCAAUUAAUGUCUUCAUGACAGUAAUUUCUGUCUUUCUCAUUGAACGUGCUGGACGUAGAACUUUACUUUUAUGGCCAAGUGUAUUACUCGCCUUUUCAUUACUAUGUUUAACAAUCACGGUGAAUUUAGCCAAUUCCCUGAAGGAUCCUUCAGCAGCUCGUGCAGCUGGCAUAGUUUCAGCUGUCUUUAUCAUUCUUUAUAUAUGUGGUUUUGCGCUAGGGCUUGGCCCAGUACCUGGUCUAAUUGUUUCUGAAAUAUUUCGACAAGAACCAAGAGCUGCAGCUUAUUCAUUGAGUCAAGGAAUCAAUUGGCUGUGUAACUUGUUGGUGUUAUUCAGUUAUCCAAGUAUUAAUAAAGAAGAGAACACGAAGUUCAGCAAAGAUGACGAUCUUUUCGGCGAUUCCAUUCUCAAAAGCACCUAUACAACCGCAUUUAUAUAGAUUAUUUUACAUGGAUACAAAUAUUAUUCUUUGUUUAAUUCCACAUAGUAACGAAGGUGAUAAUAAUUUUCAACUUGAUAUGAAAAUUUGAAGGUACGAAUAUAGAUUACAAGGGGCUAAGAGACAAGAUUUCAUAGGAUUAGAAAAUAGUUACAACGUAUGCCAAAAUUAAUAUUUGAUAACUGGAGAAAUAAUUGAUGCAAUCGGUGGUUAUUCAUUUAUACCCUUUCUAAUCAUCGUUGUCGCCUGUUGGAUCUUCUUCUUUUUAUAUAUGACAGAGACAAAGAAUCGUACAUGUGAUAGUAUCGCGAGAGAUUUAGCUAGACCAAAAAUAGUCGCCUGUUCACGACCAUCAAGACUACAGCAUAAAAAUGAAGAACCAUUCGAAUCAAGUGAUUGAAAUGAAAUGAAGAGUAAUCACAGGAACCAUGAUAAAUUCAAUUUUCUACCAGCUAACUAAAUCACUAAUUCCCUAACUAACCAACUAACUAACGAACCAACUAUUAAACGAGAUGUAUUCAGUCCCUUGAUUAUCUAUUUUUGUGUAUGUUUGUGUGUGUGUGUAUGUGUGCGUGCUCGUGUCGUAUCAUCAGUUUUCAUCAAAAUAUCAAUUGCAUUUCUACAUUUUCUUUUGAUGAAUACAUUUUUUUUUUGAAAAACGUGAGUCUAAUAUCAACUUGUAAUGAACAUAAUUCAUUCCAAGAAGAAGAACUGGAAGUUCUUCUUCUUCUUCUAUUCAGCCAAUUCCAUUUUUAUUCAAAAUGUGUGAUGACAAGAAGCUUAAUAAUGAUGAACACGUAUUUGUUCUGAUCGCGUUGGCGUUUUUUCUUUCUUAUUUUAAAUUUUAUAUGUUUUUGUUUUUUACGUAUUUUGUAUGUGUACAAUAAUCACUUUUUCCCAUUAUUAUUAUUUUUUGCCUCAUCACAAAACAUAUUUUUGUGAAAAAUACAUGAUUUGAAAUAAAUUCCAGAGUAAAGUUUCUUUUAUUUCAUCAUUUGUUGAAAA